AUGGCCUCAAACGCGCCCAGGGCGGUCGCCGACGCCGUUGCCGCCCUGGCAGCCAAGAACCAGGCCCCCCACUUCCUGGUGGUCUACGCCAGCAUCGUCAACGGCCGCAGCUGGUGCGGCGACUGCGUCCGGGCGGAGCCGCUGAUCCAGGAGAAGUUCCCCGCCGGCGAGCAGACGCGCCUGACGGUCCAGUACGCGGGCGACCGGGAAACAUGGAGAUCGCCUGAGAACGAGUGGCGCAAGUUUGGCGUUCCGGCUCUGCCUACGCUCUACAAGGUCACGCCCGAUGGAACAUGGUCUCAGCUGGUCGAGGGAGAAGUCUACGACCAAAAGAAGCUUGACGCGUUCGUCGGCACACAGUAG